GGAAGUCAGAGGAAACUUUCUUCCCCAUAAGAAGGAAGACCACUUCUUACUUCUUCCAGUAAGACCACAGUGGGCCACUGAGUCAGGGCAUGAAUCCUCAUCUCAGGAUUAAUGGUCCGAUGAACAUCAACCAUUACGCGACGAAGAAGAGUGUGGCAGAGAGCAUGCUGGAUGUGGCGCUUUUCAUGGCCAACGUCACCCAGCUCAAAGCAGUGCUGGAGCAGGGGGCCUCCUUUCAGUACUACGUCACCCUGAUCGUGCUCAUCAGUGUCUCUCUCUUCUUCCAGGUGGUAAUUGGGAUUCUCCUCAUCAUCUCAGCUCGUUUGAACCUGAAUGAUGUCGCAAAGCAACCCCGCCUAAAUAUCCUCAACAAUGCCGCCACAGCUCUCAUCUUCAUCACAGUCAUCCUCAACAUCUUCAUCACGGCCUUUGGGGUGCAGAAGACUGGCCUCUACCCUACCAGGAAUUAUAGAGGACCUUAUUAAGUCAUGGGGCAAGAGAGUCAGGAUAGGGGCAGCGCGACUGAUGGGGUGAAGCUCUCCUCUACGUUUUUACUGAUGUCAGCAAAAUCCCGUCAUCCCACCGAAUCCAGAGAACUCGGUUAAACUUUCAAAACUGUACGUGUUUUGUUUCAUACAAGCCCUUCAGUGCUUUUGCAGUUCUGCAGGGGUGAAAACUUGCAUUGCUUUUCAAAGGUAGAACAAACUCUGAGUGAUUUCUAGUGAGAGCUGUAGGAACAGCAGCAGCGAGGCAAUUUCAAAGUAGUCCUGUAAAUCUUUUCUCGUAUUUUAGCUGCCUGCUUCUCAUAUGUAACAUUACACCAUUUUGUAGAGAAGCCCGAACAGUUUAUUUUAUAGGCUAAAUAAACAAAAAAUGUCCAGCUUUUCUGUCUCAAGCAUAAUUUGCUAUAUUUAAAGCAAUGCUCUCUAGUAGUUUAUAUCCCAAAUAUAGCAGUGGAUUUUUUUAAACUAAAAAGAAGUUCUCAUGGGAGGUUAAAAAAGUGUGUGUAUGUCAGUGCAGCUAAAAAGAGUUCAAAUGUUUUCCUAGCUGUUUAAAAAUAAAAUUAAAUGGGAAACACUUAAGAAAACAAUAAAAUAUUUCCAGCAUAGGAAAAUGAACAAUGACAGAAAAUAGAUAUUAUGUUCUGAUGUCAUCAUCAGAGUCCUAUCAGGAACACUGUCUGAGUAGCCUGAUGAUAUCUAGGAUUAAAAAAAAAAAAGAGAGAGAGAUAAACUCAUUAUACAUAAUGAGACACCUUAGGCUAAUUGCCACACUGAGAAACAGCAGGUACAUAGUGUAUUACUUUUUUAAAAAAAUCAGCAUUAUAAUUUAAGAUGUUAUCAUUAACAUAAAUGUUUUAAAAUAUGUAAUUUUUAUAUUGACAAU